AAAUAUCAAAAAUAUGUAGAUAAACUAAUAGUACAUUUAAAGAACACACUGUCAGGUUUACGUGUCAUCACAUGUUACUGUUUUUUUUAAUUUGAGUUUGCGGUAAUUCACAUGUGCGUGUUUCUUCAACCUCCAUUAAUAUAUAUAAGUAGUUUAUUAGAUAAUUAGGACAGUUACACUACUGCAUUUUGCCUGUUAAACACUUAAUCAAAAAAAAAAAUGAGCAAUCGGUGGAAUAUAUGCAUUGAAUCAUUUCCAAAUCAUGACAGUUCAAUCAACGAUUCCCUUAGUGAGGGUAAAAAAAUGCUACCAGUAUCUAACAGAAGUUAUAAUGAUGAAAAUGACUAUCGUUCUUCAACUAUCAAUCCAACUGUCAAUAGACCAGUGUUAAGGUCAAUUAAUGACUAUUCACCAAAUCAACAAAGUUCUAAACAACCUGAUAAUCGUCCAAUACAAAUAAUCCGAUAUGUUUCAUUGUCAAAACUUCCAACAACUGAAGAUAAAUGCUUUCAAACUUUAACUAAUGACCAACUAGAAAGACAAUAUUCUUUAAGUACUCAAGCUAGUUCACAUUCAAAUCUCUCAUGUAAUGAAAACUUUGAAAAUUGUCGAAGUCUUCGACGAUAUAAAUCAGCGAAUUCUUUCAGUCCACAAAAAGUGAAUUGGCAAGAACCAAUAAAAUCACCUAUGAUUGCACCUAGAAAUACAUCUCCACCACCUUCACGGAGAAAAAACACCUAUGAUAAAAGUGAUCAUGAUAUUCACAUGAGCAGAAAUAAAGAGCUGAUACAACCAGAAAUAUGCAUAAAAUCGAAACUUCAACAAGGAGUAAAACAUUAUAUUUGUAUUGAACAUGGAAGAAAUUCAACCUAGUGCUUUGUAUUCUCUACCAAAAAUAUGUUCUUGAUCUCAUUUAGUCAAACUGAAGUCCAGCUAUCAAAAAAACACUAAUAAAUAAUUUGUUUUUUUUAUUUGUUUCUUUACUUCUCUUCAAUAAAUAUUAUCAUUUCA